UUGGUGCCGUUGGUGCUAGUGAUCCGUAUGAAGGGAGUGCGUGUUGAAUACUGUGGCUAUAACUCGUUAAGCUAGGGAUUAAUGCGGUCAUCACUGACGGAAAUGAGCGGGUUAUCCUGAACCAGUGUAGGGAUUAGCUCACCGGUAGCUCUGAAGGCAUGUUGUCCGUCCUCCACUCGCAUGAGGAAAGGAUACCGCUUCUGUUCGUGCUAUGAGGAUCAGCUUCAAGACUUUCUAAACUUCGUGGGUGGCUGCCCUCUCUUUUGAUUGGUAGCCCUUAGUGCAGAAUAAAAAGGGUCAAUAUGUCCAGUCCGGGUUCGUCGUCCUCGGGCGUCACAGUGCAAGAGUACAGUGUGCGUGUGCCAAAAGUGCAGCAGAAGCAGAACUGCGUGAUGCAGUUCAACAGCUCGCUGCUGGUCGACUUCACAAAGUGGAACCAGGUGAAGAUGGUCCGUGAGGUGCCAAUCAAGGAGGCGGCUGGCGAGGAGGCCCCAAAGUUCGGCGCUGGCAGCGAAUUUGGUAAAGAUCUGCGAGAGGAGGCAAGACGUAAGAAGCUGGGCAUUGUGGCUAAGAAGCAUGCACCGGACUCAUACCCGUGGCUCAUGAAGGUGGGCGGCAAGGCGGGCAAAAAAUACCGCGGCGUACGCGGCGGCAGCAUCACAGAGAACGCGUCCUACUAUGUGUUCACGCAAGCCAAGGACGGUGCCUUCGAGGCCUGCCCGGUCUCUGAGUGGUACAACUUCCAGCACGUGCAGCGAUACAAGGCGCUCACGGCUGAGGAGGCUGAGGAGCAGUUCACGAAGCGAGACAAGAUCAUGAACUACUUCAGCGUCAUGGUCAAGAAACGGCUCAAGAAUGAGGAUGACGUGGACGAGGACAGCGAGGGACAAAAGGACAAGAAAAAGGGCGGCAAGAAAAAGAAGGGCGAAGAUUUUAAACUGACCGACAUGGACGAGUGGCCCGACUCCUCCGAGGGCGAGGAAGACGGCUCGGGAGACGAGGCCGAGGACGAGGAAGACAAGAAGAAGAAGAAGAAGCGUGAUACCAAAGAGAAACAGAAGAAGAAAAAACGGAAAUCGGAUGUCAAGGACGAGGCAUUCGAGGACAGUGACGACGGCGAUGAUGAGGGCAGGGAGAUGGACUACAUCUCGGACUCUUCGGACAGCGAGGACGAUCUGAAGCCGGCGGCGGAGGAAAAGGGUGUGGACCAAGAGGACGCGCUUAAGCGACUGCUCGACUCGGACGCCGAGGUGGAGGAGUCGUCCGAAGAGGAGAAGAAAAGCGACGGCGAGGACGAGAAAAAGGAGGACGAGGAGCCGCAGGCCGGCGAGAAGAGGAAGAAGAGCAAGAAAAAGAAGAAGAAAAAGGAGGACGAGCCUGAGAAAGAGGAGGACAGCGGCGACAGCGAUGCCGUAGACAGCUCCGACGACGAGAAAGCGGCGGCGGCCAAGGCCAAAGGCGACGGUACGGGAAACAGCUCUGCCGCGUCUUCCGGCACCACCGUGACGAAAGCGGAAAAGAUCGUCAACGACAUGAAACAGGCUGCAGAUGGUUCCAACGCACCGUCUGGCGGCAAGCGGUCAAAGCUGGAGUCAGGCGGCAUGAAACGGAAGCCGGAGGAUGGUGCUGGCCUGACAUCUGUCGCCAAGAGGGCAAAGCUCGAGUCUGUGCCAUCUCCACAAAUCGCCAGCGACACGGGCAUCACGGAGGAGGCAGUGCGGCGGUACCUGACGCGCAAGCCGAUGACCACCACCGAGCUGCUGCAGAAGUUCAAGAGCAAGAAGGUGGGCCUCUCCUCUGACCAGCUGGUGCCCGUCAUUGCGCAGAUCCUCAAGAAGAUCAACCCCAACAAGCAGACCAUCAAGGGCAAGAUGUACCUGUCCAUCAAGAAGUGACCUGGCGGGCAGGACUCGCCGCGGGAGGAGACGCGGCGUGACGACGCCUGUGCUCUAGCUCACCCCCAGCGACGGGCGCCCGCCGGCGUCUGGCGCUGUUGACCGCCGGGGCCGACGCGCUUACGACCCGGCCUCUCGUUCGAGGUCGGUCUGCGGCGGCUGUGGACACUCAGGCCAGCGGACGUGCUUCCAGCGGCUGCCGGCCGGCAUACGCUGCCGUCUCCGGGAGUCCAGAGGCGGUGCUGGUGCGUGCUGAACGCUGUGUCGGUGAGGCGGGCCCAUCGAGGAACACCCGCGCUAUUUAUAGAACAUGGGCCAUCCGAAUACACGGCCGGGCCGAGAGGUGUGAGGUGGCGCUCUGUGCCGGGC